UCACCAUUGGAUAGGGCGCGCUGAGUACUUGGUCUGUUGUCUUCCCCAAGUAACAUCCUUUUACCUAGUCCGCCAACAAAUUUUGGGCCAUGUCAUCCGACCCCCCAUCGACAGAUCUGUGGCUCGAGCGAUCUCGUCUCGAUGGAAUGAUAUUGGGAGCAGCAUCUUAUGGCGGAUUCGUCAUCCUUACAGUGCAAGCUGCGAUCGCUCUCAUGCAACGGCCUCGACAUGGGGGGAAGAUUGCAGAACAUCGGUUCACCCUUCUUGCCUACGUCUUUAUAACGUUUGUAUGCGGGACAAUAGGCUUCGCUGCGAACGCAAAAUACACAGAGAUGAUCUGGAUAGACCUUCGUGGUACGCCUGGUGGGCCGGUCGCAUUAAUUGAGAAUGAAAUGAAUUACUCCAUCAAUGUUAUGGCGAUUGCCUGUUACUUCGUUAUGGAGUUGUUUAUGCAAGCGCUGCUUCUUCACCGAUGUUUUGUGAUAUGGAAUUGGGCAAGAUACGUGAUGGUCCCGAUGAUCACCCUCUAUAUUGGCAUGAUCGCAAUGGCUAUUCUUGUCUUGAUCCAGUCGAGCGCCGGUGCCGUAUUCUACAAUAUCAACACCGAGCUAGCCUACCUCUCCCUCGAAGUGGGACUCACUGUCACGUACUCCGUCCUCGUGACGAGUCGUUUGCUCUCCAUGCGAGGCAUGAUGAGGCAAAUCAUACGGGAAUAUGAUUCCAGCACCUAUAACACCAUCGUCCUCAUGGUCGUUGAGUCCGCCAUGGCAUACAUUGCAUACGCCAUUGUUUUCAUAGUUUCCUUUGGUAUGCAUAGCAAUGUCGACAAUCUAUGUUUCCUGUCUAUCAGCCAUGUCCAGGGCAUGGCCCAAUUGCUCAUCAUCAUCCGUGUAGCAAGGGGGCGAGCAAUCACUUCGGAGCAAACACGAGCUGCUGCACGUACGACUAUAGCAUUCUCAGCGACUGUAUCUGACGAAACAGGGGAGAACGAUAUUGAGCGAACAGCAGGGUCUGAAGAAGGCCGUGUCGAGUCCGGUUCGGAGAAGGCGACUGAAGUGGACACAGCAUGAAGAUGAUGUGAGGUUGU